AUGCGAGAAAUUAUUUGUAUUCAGUUGGGACAAGCUGGUAUUCGGAUUGGAGAUUUGUUUUGGAAACGAUUAUGUAGAGAGCACUGGAAAAGCCUUUUUGGAAUGAACGAUCAUACAAAUGAUGAUGAAUAUUCAGAGGAAAAUUUACAAUCGUUUUUUCAUCACUCUGAAAAGGCUCAUCAUGAUGAUGAAACCAAGUUUAUUCCGAGAACACUGUUUGUGGAUGUGGAACAUCAUUCAACACUUUAUUCAGCUAAAAUUUGUAAUAGAGAAUUGUAUGAUCCGAAAUGUUUUAUAUUUGAACAAGAUAUUGAUUCAUCAAAUGGUACAUUUUCAAGAGGAUUCUAUGGAGAACAAUCAAGUAAAUUAUUUGAAAAACGAAAAUUGGUGGAAGUGUGUGAUUUUUUGGAAGGCUUUUUCUUAUUUUCAUCAUGUGGAGGAGGAACGGGAUCAGGAUUGUGUUCUCAACUUUUGGAACAUCUUGCUGUGGAAUAUCCAAGAAAGAUAAGAACUUGUUUUACCUUGUUUCCAAUGAUGACUUCAUGUAAUGGAGACUAUUCAUUUCUUUCAAAUAAUCAACAUGUUGUGGAGCCUUAUAAUGCAAUGUGUUCAAUGAAUGAGCUUACAGAGUAUGCUGAUGUGACAAUGACAUUUGACAAUCAAGCUCUAUAUGAUAUUUGCAAACGAUCACCUCAUCGUUUGAAUGACCAAGUGCCAAAUAUUGUUCAUAUGAAUGAUUUAAUUGUUGAGGUGGUAGCAUCAUGUUCCUCAUCCAAGAGAUUUUAUUCUGGUUAUGGAGCUGAUCUCUGUGAUGUGGUGAGAAUAAUUCCUUAUCCUCGGUUUCACUUUUUUCAAAGUUCAUAUUGCUCUCCUGAUUUUAUCAACCAUGACGACAACGAUACUCGUUCACUUCAACAAAUUCAACAAUUUUUUACAGCAAAAGUUGAAAUGACACAACAAUUAGCCAAUGCCUUUCGCAUGAUUGAAAAUGUCUUUUCAAAUGAAUAUUUGAUGACGAAAUGUGACCAUCAACUCGGAAGAUAUAUGAGUUGCAGUUUAAAUUUUAAGGGGAGUUGGGAAACAAAAACAGUUCAGGAAGCGAUUAAAGCGGUGAAGCAAAGUGGAAGGCCGCGCUUUUUUGGAUGGAUGCCAACAGGUUUCAAAUGUGGGCUUUAUCCUCAGCAUGAAGCAUCAGACUUUUUGGAAACAGAGCGUUCGAUAUUGGGCAAUCCAGACCAGUCUGUUUGUGCUGUGGUCAAUUCGACGUCGGUCGUGGAUCUUUUCAAGAAAAUUGAACGUCAAGCCAAGUUAUUGUUUGAGAGAAACUCAUUUCUUCAUUGGUUCGCUCAGGAUGGCUUGACAGAAGAUGAUUUUUCACAACGCCUACAGAAACUAAGUUCAUUAAUUGGAGACUACAAUGAAAUUAAUAAUUUUGUGGAAGAAGAGCCAGAUAUUUGA